CGAGUUUGUUGGGCCUUGGGCCUUCAAUUUGUUGUGCUUAUCGGGCUUGAGUUUAUUGGGCUUUUAAGCCUUUAGUUGAACCUGAUUUAGUUAUGGUUUACCGCCUUUGAACAUUGAGUUUAUUGGGCCUUUAGUUCGUUAUAGUAUUGGGCCUUUAUCUAAUGUUUAAAGUUUGGGCCAUUGAGUUUUGGGCCUAAUUUAGUUGUGGGGCCUAUCAAUCCGGCCAAUCGAAGCUUCAUUCAUGUCAGCAAGUCUUCAGAUUGCUUCGCGGUUUGGGAAGGUUCACCUCAAACUCCAGAAAGAUUUUUUUUUGGUUGUUUUUUUUUUGUUGAGUAUCACAGAGUUGUAUAAGUUAAUCAUAAAUAAUCUGCCAUUGAUUCGGAAUGCGUGUCUGUCUGUCAGAUUCUCCGUGUCUUGUCUUUCUCUCGUCAACUUUCUCCUCUUCCAUGUAGUUUCCUUGCUCAGAUCAGAUUCUCCCCGCAUCGCGCUUUCUCCGCUUCAUUGUUUCAUCAGCCUCGUCUUCCACGAUCUCGCCGGCGAUUUCCGACAUUGGGUCGCCGUCAGAGUAUGAUUUUUCGGCGAUUCUCGUGAUCAAGCGUGGGGUGAAGUGAAAUGGGUGUGAGUUAGCUAAACCAGAGCCUGAUUUGGUUUUGUCUCUACUGGGUCUACUUCGCCGUUGUUAUCCGUCUCUGUGUAAGCCUGGGUUCGCAGAUUUGGAUUCAGAUUCAAUCUCUCUCGUUCGCUCCUAAUUUUAGCUGUCCUCGUUGGAUGAGCAGAAGGUCUGUCCAUGUCUGUUACAACUGAAGUUCUAUUUAGAGGAAGAUCACAGUUUGGAAACUGGGUUAUGUUGGAUUUGGUUAGAUAGAAGCGGCCAUUGUUGCGAUUUCUUAGCUGUAAAACCAAGAUUUGGGGCUGCCCAUAAUUAGGCUGUUAUCGCCCAAAAGUAGGUAAAAUAGAGGAACAUGAUAGAACAACAAGAUCAGAUUGGGGAAGAACUGGAUGAGACGGAUCUGGAGGCUUUGACAAGCGCUCCUCUCAGAGACACUCAUAAGCUUCUGUCUCAUUUCUCAGGGAUGGUGAGACAGAGAGCUUAUAUAUUCGAUGGACAUGGGAAGUAUUACAACAAGGAAUGGGACCUUGCUGAGGGAACUGGGAGGGAGUUUUGUUGGUACCAUGUCGAAUUACCAAAAGGAAACCAGAAACUCUCUCAGUCUGCUCAGUAUCUUAUCGACGCUCUCUGCCCGCCAUUGAAGCUUCAAGACAUUCUUUCGCUUGUUAGUAACGGACCCUUUUGCGGGCACGUUGAUGGGGCGCUCGUGUUUAGAGUUAAUUCCCCUGGCCCUGCUGCCAGCAGCUUUACGUUUAGGAUUGCUGCAAGGAUAACUCAGAAUUCUGUGAUCACUGUGUCUUUAGGGCGUGUUCCUAGGUUAGGGUUCUCGCCAAUGAGCCAGUCUCUUCUCUCGGAAGUUCCUAGUGUGGAGACUCCGUCUUAUUAUAGAGGAGGGCAGAAUAAGGAAAGGAGUGGGAUUGUGAUUGAGGAGCAUGUUCUUGAAUUCUUACUGACGAUGAACCAUUCUGAGGAAGCUGAUAACCCUGUCCCGACAUCUGUUUCCAACCUAGUGGUUCACAUCAUUGAUACACACGUUGAUCAGCUUCAAGAUGUUGUGACUAAACUUGAGAUCGAGUUGGAUGCCGUGGAAAUAGAAAUGGAUAGAGGUGGAUUUGCUCUUAAGAAACAGAUGCUGGAUGAUAGAAGAUUCCCCAAGAUUCAUCUGAACUUACAGCGUCUCCUGCAGGUGAUUGCACAUGGAGAACAAGUAUUUCCAAGAGUCAAGGAAAAAUGUUCCACAAAACCCUGGUUUCUACCCGAAGAUAUUAACUCGUUGGAAGAGUUGAUUGGGCGAUUGAGACGGCUCAAAGAGAACGUGGGCUUCAUAGCAAACCGUGUGACUGCAAUCCAAGCAGGUCUAGACAGUUGGCAGGCUGAGCAAAUCAACAGAAAGCUCUAUUACCUCUCUUUUCUCUCCAUCAUCUUCCUUCCUCUAUCCAUCAUAACUGGAGUUUUCGGCAUGAACGUUGGGGGAGUUCCUUGGACAGGACAGGACGAUCCAGACCUGAGAGACGGGUUCCGAAAUGUGAUGUACAUCUGUGUAAUAAUGCUUCUUCUUGUGUUGUGUUGUUUCGCCUUCCCGGCUCUGUAUACUAGACUGUCUUCUUGGCAAAGAGUGAGAGCCAUGAAAAGAAGCUUGUCUCUGAACAGAAGACCGUUCCAGAUAAGACCGAACUCUGUCCAAGAUCGACGACGAGGUUACCUUAGGAUCUAAGGUAUUGCAAGAACAUCGUCUGUUUUCGUGUUCUGCUCUGUCUUCUUCAAGAACCAAAGCAGGUUUCUGAGCUUUCUGAGUAAAACCCAGUUCUCCAAUCUCUUCGACAUGAGAUGAACUCGUCACUGUCUUGUGUAUGGAACAAAGAUUCUGUUGUCUUCGGGAGUUGCGGAGUGUACGGACAUGUGUUUCUCUUGCCACUCUGUGUUUUACCAUGUACCUGAGACACUGGUUCACACAUGUUUCUGUUGUGUAGAAUCUUUGAGAUACUGUAUAGUUAAUUCUUUUAAAUCUUUAUAAAAUUUUUUUUUUUUUA